GUGUCGGUCGGCACAGUGUUCGACUGUUUUGUAUCUAUCUAAAUAUACACGAACGAAAGAAGUUUUUAAAAGUAUCUCGAUACAGCCAGUUGCUUCAGUUUAGAAUUUACCUUCGAGCAAGUUGGUCGAGUUGAUAUUUGCAAAUUUCGGAAUUCGAGAAUAGAGAGUUUACGUACGAGUCUAUAUCCAACCAACCCAAAUACCCUUUAGAUUUUAUUCACCGUCGAGAGAAUUCAAUUUGAUUGGGAUUUUUGUUUCGUCGUUACGAGAAUAUAUUGCAUACUAUGAGAUUUAUCAUAUGAAAAUAUAAUUUAAAAGUGAUUUUUCCGAAAUAAAAAUUAAGAUUUUUUCUUAGUUUUUUUUGGUUUUUAUUUUAUUUGUGUGUCCUUUUUUAUCAUCCUGGGAGUGAGAUAUAUCUGAAAAGUGAUAUUUUUAUAGAAGAAUUUAUUCUGAAGUGUUUUUUGGUGUAAAUACAAAUAUUUUUCACCGGAUUUCUGUUAAAAUAUAAAAAUUUAAAGGAAAAAAAAUUAUUUGAAAAAAAAAAUUAUUAAAAAUGGUGAACUCACUAGUAUCGUAUACCCAAAUGCUGAUGGUAAUUGCCGCCACAAUUUUAGGAUUUAUUAAUGCCCAAGGAGUUGGGUCAAAGGAUUUGUUCCUGUGCCGACAGAGUUGCUAUGAAAAGUUUGUUCAAGAUUGGCAUCACUGUAUGGACUUUGAUGAUUGCAAAAAUAUGUGCAUCACACCACCAAAUAUCAAUAGUUAUAUCCCAGAAGCGUUCAGUUUUCUGUGCUGGAAUAAUUGCGAUCAACAACUUGGACCGUUUCCAUUGAACGUUAAUUCAGCGAUGCGAGAAGGAUCUCUUGUACUAACUGAUAUUGCAUGGGAUCAGGCUGUUACCAAUGCAUCUAAACAGUGUCUGGUCACGUGGGAGGUCUCUGGAGGCGGUCUGAUGGGUAAUCUACUGACUGAUAGCUCCACUGUUGAGCUGUCCCUGUGGCCGGACACAGUAUAUCACGUGCAGGUUACCUGUAAGCAUAAGGAAACUGGUGGUAUGCGUCGAUCAUUCAAACUCAUCGUUGACACUCACAAACUUACCGACAAAUCAUCAUCGAGCAUGCAAGCUAUCGCAAUCGAAAAUGCCGGUAUGAAGUCUCUGCCAAAUAUCUUCGCUCAAGAAACUUCCUCUGGCGAAACCGACUCCCGCAUGCGCAUUCUCAAGGACAGUUCAAAGGAUUUCAUCAGCACCUACAAUCCCAGUGCCAAUAAUGUUGAGAAAACACCAAGUUCAAGUCAAAGGAGCAGCAGCAGUAGCACAAGCAGAAGCAGACUUAGCAGCAGUAGCGGUAUCAGCAAUGACAUUAUUGAAAGAGAAUCAUCAACACCUGUGCAUAUGUCGACGGUGCUUCGCACUAAACUUACCUCUUCAACAGUACCUGGUUACUUUUCAGCCGAUGUCCUUGCACAAAGUAUAGUGUUUGGUAUUGUGUUAGCUGCUGCAUUUUUCGUCGGCCUAUUCGUAUUGUAUGUGUUAACACGGCCUGUGAGGAAAGACGUACCUGUCGACAAAGUCAAUCUUAUUCACAAUGAAGUCACCUGCGAGCAAGUGUCGACAGCGACGGCAUCAAACCGAACGCUGCAUGUGUAAAGCUGUGAAUCAUUAUUAAUUAUUAUUAUUAGGUACCAUAAAUUUGUGUUAUCCUGUCUAAGGUUAAGCAACGAAACAUCCAAACUGGAAGUAGUGAUGUCCUUAGGUGUAUAUAGUUAAACAAAAAGAAGAAAAAAUUAAAUUAAAAAUUGUAAAUAGUAGUGUAAAUAAUUUAAGAAGCAAAAAAAAACUAACCCUAAGUGAAAAUGAGAAGAAUAAAAGUGGGGAAACAGGGACGGUGUCAUUUCAAAAUGAGUGAGACCCACUUUAGUUCAGCUGAAAUAAAUAAAAGGAAGAAUUUAUAAAAAAAAUUUCUAAUUUUAAGGAUUUGUCUAGUCCGCGAGAAAAAAAAAUAAAAAAAUAUUGUCGUGUGUACCAUUAAUUUUCAUUAAUAAAAAAGAAAAAAAAAAAUGUCUAAAAAUAAUUUUUUUCGAAAUGGGAAAAAAAACGAUGAAUAUAAAUUUAUUACCCCAUCUCAUUUGUUCUCGAGAUUCUUUUUUAAAUUUUUUUAAUUUAUUUUGAAAAUUUCAUUUGUAUCUUCACAAAUGAAAUAAAAUCAAUUAAAUCUUCCAUAUGAGAUCUAAAAUAAAUAAAAACAAACGAUUUUUUGUCCUUAAAAUUUGUAAAUAGAAAAAAAAAGAAAAAAAUUUGUAAAUAUUUAAAUAUAAGUAAAACAUAAAAAUGCUUACUCUCUGCGUGUGUUUUCAUCAAAAAAGCAAUCCAUUAAAAUGAAAAAAAAAAGAAAGAAAAAAAUAAGAGUUCAACCUAAUUUGCAAAGUUAAAUU